GCAACAUCCACAUGCCAAAAAAAACAGACCAACACAAUUAGCUUUCAAGUUUAAGUAAACCCAUUCAACAAAAUGGCAGCUGCAAUGAGUUUCAAGAGGUCUGAUAGCAUUGCAGAGAGCAUGCCUGAAGCUCUGAGACAAAGCCGAUAUCAAAUGAAGCGAUGCUUUGCUAGGUAUGUUUCUGAAGGAAAGAGGCUAAUGAAGAAAGAAAACUUGCUGGAGGAACUUGAGAAAUCCAUGGAUGAUAAGAUGGAGAAGGAGAGACUCAUGGAGGGGUUUCUUGGUUACAUUAUUUGUUCCACUCAGGAGGCUGUAGCUCUUCCACCAUUCGUGGCUUUUGCUGUUAGGCCUCAUCCUGGAAUCUGGGAGUAUGUCAAGGUGAAUUCGAUUGAUCUUUCAGUUGAGGGGAUCACUGCUUCAGAUUACUUGAAGUUCAAAGAAACAAUUUACGACGAAAAAUGGGCGCAGGAUGAGAAUGCACUGGAAGUGGACUUCGGAACUUUUGAUCACGCAACACCUCACCUCACUCUUCCAUCAUCCAUAGGAAAUGGCUUACCGUGUGUAGCAAGAUUUUUAUCGUCGAAACUCCAUGAAAACUCUGAAAGCAUGAAGCCAUUGAUCGACUACCUUCUCUCUCUCAAACAUCGCAGAGAAAAACUUAUGAUCAAUGAUACACUGAACACGGUAAACAAGCUUCAGACAGCUUUGCUCCUGGCUGAAGUUUUCGUAUCUAAUCUGCACAAGAACACGCCAUUUCAAAAAUUUGAGCAGAGGUUUCAGGAGUGGGGAUUGGAAAAGGGAUGGGGGGAUAAUGCUGAAAGAGUUAAGGAGACUCUGAAUUGUCUCUCUGAAGUUCUUCAGGCACCGGAUCCAUCAAAUAUGGAGAAAUUCUUCAGCAGAGUUCCUACAGUUUUCAAUAUUGUGAUUUUCUCACCCCACGGGUAUUUUGGGCAAGCUGAUGUUCUUGGAUUACCAGAUACCGGUGGACAGAUUGUGUACAUUUUAGACCAAGUUAGAGCUCUUGAAGAGGAACUGAUCCUUAGAAUCAAGCAACAAGGGCUUUCAGUAUCUCCUCAGAUUCUAGUGGUGACAAGAUUGAUACCAGAUUCCAAGGGAACUAAAUGCAACCAGGAGCUCGAGCCCAUUCUCAACACGAAGCACUCCAACAUCCUUCGGGUGCCAUUCAAGACUGAGAACGGGGUUCUCAAGCAGUGGGUUUCUCGCUUUGAUAUCUACCCUUACCUCGAGAGAUAUGCUCAGGAUGCUGCUGAUAAAAUUCUUGAUCAUAUGGAGGGCAAGCCUGACCUGAUCAUUGGAAACUACACUGAUGGGAAUCUUGUAGCUUCUCUAAUGGCGAGCAAACUAGGGAUUACUCAGGCAACCAUUGCUCAUGCUCUGGAGAAGACAAAGUAUAUAGAUUCAGAUAUCAAAUGGAAGGAAUUAGACAGGAAAUAUCAUUUCUCAUGCCAAUUCACAGCCGAUAUGAUCUCAAUGAACACUACUGAUUUCAUCAUCACAAGCACAUACCAAGAAAUCGCAGGGAGCAAAGAAAGACCCGGACAGUAUGAGAGCCACUACGCAUUCACAAUGCCAGGGCUAUGUCGAUACGUAACGGGCAUCAAUGUGUUCAAUCCUAAGUUCAACAUAGCUGCGAAGAGACUGACUGAGUUUCAUUCUGCUAUUGAUGAGUUGCUCUAUAGCAAAGAGGACAACAAUGAACACCUGGGAUUCCUUGCUGACAAGAAGAAACCAAUCAUAUUCUCAAUGGCGAGGCUCGACACUGUGAAGAACAUAACCGGCCUAGUAGAGUGGUAUGGAAAGAACAAGAGGCUGAGAGAAUUGGUGAACCUCGUGGUUGUUGCAGGGUUCUUCGACCCAGAGAAAUCGAGUGACAGAGAAGAGAUUGCAGAGAUCAAGAAGAUGCACUCUCUGAUCGAUAAGUAUCAACUGAAAGGUCAGAUUCGAUGGAUAGCAGCACAGAAUGAUCGGCAUAGAAAUGGUGAGCUCUACCGAUGCAUUGCAGACACCAAAGGAGCUUUCGUGCAGCCUGCACUCUAUGAAGCAUUUGGGCUGACAGUGAUUGAGGCAAUGAACUGUGGACUGCCAACAUUUGCUACGAACCAAGGAGGGCCAGCUGAAAUCAUCGUGGAUGGAGUUUCAGGAUUCCAUAUCGAUCCAAAUAAUGGCGAUGAAUCUAGCAAAAAGAUUGCUGAUUUCUUCCAGAGGUGCAGUGAGGAUACUGGUUACUGGACUAAAGUUUCAACAGCAGGACUGCUGCGCAUAUAUGAAUGCUAUACAUGGAAGAUAUAUGCAAACAAAGUGCUGAAUAUGGGAUCGAUGUAUAGCUUCUGGAGGCAAAUAAAUAAAGAAGAGAAGAAUGCCAAAAGGCGAUACCUUCAAAUGUUUUACAACCUGCAGUUCAAAAUUUUGGCCAAGGCAGUGCCCAUACCCGGGACUGAAGCCAAGCAGGAUCCUCAGCAGCAGAAACCUCCAGCAAAGAGUCUGGUAACGCCAAUACAAAGAAGAACACAGACGAGGAUACAAAGGUGGUUCGGUUAAUUCUUCAAUCCCAAAAUGCUCUCAGGAUUACAGAUUGCUUCGGACAAAAGACACCAGCAUCGAAACCAACAUCUCAAACACCUCAGGCAAAGCGUCAACAGAAAAAGCCCACAGCUUGAAAACUCGUAUUUGUAACACGCAACCUUUAUACGUUUUUCAUGUGUCACUGUAGUUUCCUGCUUUAGAGCUCAAAAUAAUGUAAUAGUGAAAAGUUUGCGAUCAAUAAAGUACCCAGUGUUUUAACUUCAAAAUAUAGUACAGUAACAUAUCAAAUUCU